UGAAGCACAACUACCACCAACUAACUCUCCCAAAGUAAUAAUUAAACCCACAGUACUUUGUUUUUGCCUAUAAAUUAAGAGCACAAGCUAGCUAAUUUUCACUCAGAUCGUUACACAAAAUUUACACAUUGCUUCUCAAUUUCACUAAGUCCCAAACAUACACCUUUUGAUUUUUCUAUUCAAUCCUCCAAUAAUCUCAAAAUAUACCACACAUUUUUAUAAUGGCAAGUUCUUCAGUUGUGAAAGUACUAUGCUUGGUGGUAUUGGCUAUGGUGGUGGCAUCACCAGUGGUGCACGCCACCAUAACCUGUGGCCAGGUGACUAGCAGCCUGGCACCAUGCUUAAGCUACCUAAAAGUUGGGGGAGCUGUCCCGGCUGGGUGUUGUAAUGGUAUUAAGUCCUUGAGCGGGGCAGCUAAAACCCCAGCCGAUCGCCAGGCUGCCUGCAAGUGCUUGAAGUCAGCUGCUAGCAGUAUCAAAGGAGUCAACUUUAACCUUGCCUCUGGACUUCCGGGCAAGUGUGGCGUUAGCAUUCCUUACAAAAUUAGCCCAUCCACCGACUGCAGCAGUGUUCAGUGAUAUUUAUGAUGGAUAUGGUGAUUUUCCAGCUUAUAUUAGUAGAAGAUGAAUAAAAAGUGUGGGUGUCAUAUGACUAUAAAUAUAUACAUAUAUUUAUAGCUCAAAUGCAUCCGUACGUGUAUUUGGUCUCCUUAUUUGAGAGUCCUCCUUUGUAUUAAUAGUUGUAAUAUAUAUUAUGUACUUUUUAUUAUGAGCAAUGAAGUUUUAAAUUAUAUAUAA